AUGGUGAAAACUGAAGUUAAGUUGGAGAGAGAUGAUGACUUAGUGAAAAGGGAAGUUAAGUUAGAGAGAGAUGAUGACUUGGUGAAAAGAGAAGUUAAGUUAGAGAGAGAUGAUGGCUUAGAGACUGUUGAGCCGGUCAGGCUUUCCACUGGUUUCGUUGAUCGAAAAUUUUCUACUCUGUCAAGUGAAGAUAUAAAAGAAGAAAAAGUAGUUGAACCAUUGGUACAAGAUAAUCUACAAAAUACUAUUUCGUCUUGUGCUACUAAGAAGAGAAACAUUCCAAUAUGGUUAAGUUUGGUGGCUUCUAAUGGAGGGAAUAAGAAUGCACCAUUGCGACAAAUAUCGCCUACUUACAUGAGGAUUAAGAAUAGUUACAUGCAACUUUCAUAUCUCAAAAAAUAUGUUGCAAAGAAACUUGACCUUAAAACCGAAGAUGAGGUAGGGUUAUACUUGGAAAAUGAACUUCUAAACUCAUCAACAAUGUUGUUUGAUUUGUGGGAACGUUGGGUCUCAACAAAGAGAGAUGUUGACAUAAAGAAUUUCGAGGCUGGAUCUUCAAGCGCUGAUUAUGUCAUGGUCGUCAACUAUGGCCGGAAUAUGAACAUGUAA